AUGGAAAUAAAUACAAAAUUAAAUUCAUUAAUUUUUAAUGAAAUAUUACCAUAUCUAUCAUAUAAUAAUUCUUAUAGUAGAAUAUUAGAACUAAGUUUAAUUUCAAAGCAAUCAUUUCAAAUCAUUCAAAAUUUAAUAACUCAUAAACAUAUCAUCAAACUUGAUCCAAAUGAUCUAAUAAAGUCAAUAAAGAAAUCAAAAGAAAAUAACAACUAUGAACUAUUUUUAAUAAAGUAUAAAGAGUUGGAAAGUUUUCAUUACAUUUCUAAAGGUUAUUCAAAUAAAAGCCUUAAAAAGAUCAAGAGUGAACUUUUAGAACAAUGUGGACAAUUAAAAAAAGUUAUUUUUAAUAGUGUUCAUAUUAAUUUUAUGGAAAUUAAUCCAACAUGCGACCAAUUUUAUGAAUUCAGGGGUUUACAUUUAUUAUGGGACCUAGAAGACCUCCCAUGCUCAGACGCUGCCGAAUUAGAAUUGGUCGAAGAUGAAGAUGAAUACUAUGAGUUUGAAUUUUCUUUUAAAUUUUUAUCAAGAUAUCCAGAUGCAAAGAAAAUCUCAAUAUCAACAAGAACUAGUGAUAUGGAUAUGAAUUUAGAGAAAUUGGAUGGUAUUUUAGCAAAUUGUUGUAGUAAAGUAGAAAAUAUUAAAUUUAACUACCACUAUACACCCCAUAAUUUCGUUGAAAAAGUAAUAAAUUCAAAAUCCCCAGCAAUCAAAUCAUUCACUGCUAGAUUAGGCGAUGAAGACACAAUACCAAAUAUUACAACAUUAAUAUGCAGUUUCGACUCUUUCGAAGCCUUCCUUUUACAUUGCAAUGAAAAUCAUAAUAUUACCACUUUAAGAGUUGGUUGGGAUACUCAUUAUAUCGAAGAUUACGAUGAAAAUGAGGUUUUGGUAAAUGCACUUUCAAAUUUCUUUAAAAAUAAUAAAUCAUCAUUACGUUCAAUUAUAUUUCCAAAAUCAUCAUCAGAAAUUUUAGACAAUUUAGUAGAACUUAUCAACAAAGAAAGAAAUAAUAAUAAUAAUAAUAUAAAAAAUAUAACUUUUAAAAUUUUGGAUUCAAAUUUUUUAAAAGAAAUAUAA